AUGGCGAACAUAACACAGACAUGCUUAAUUCCAGGUGAGGGUAUCGGGAAUUCAUUGCGAUUAGGACAAACGAUGUACUCCGUUGUUAAAAGAUUUGACAGAUUCAAUUACAAAAUGAUAAUUUCUUACAGCGAGGAAGACUAUUUGAAUACUCCAAUUAUAGUUCACUUACCAACGCUUGGAAUAAGGUUACUCUUCGAGAACUCUGGCUCCCAAAAUUUGCUUCUUAUCGAGCUCUUAAGUUUCGAACAUUUGAAAAUAUUCUAUAAUGGGCUGGCCCUAAACGAUAUAAGCGUAUCUUCACAAGACAAUACUUUCGUAGGAGGUCAAGAUAAUUCUAGUCAAUCUAGGAAUUCAUUAAUUUCGGCUGAAGAGAGACUGCUAAAUGAGAUUGAAGCAAUUAAAAAAGUGACACCACCGACUUUAAAACUUAUAUACAACAAAAUAUUUGGUCCUACCUAUCCUGGAAAGCUUUGCAAAGAAUCUAAGUAUUAUAUUUUGUCAUAUCCAGGUGUUUCAUUCAAGUUUAAGAUCAAACUGCCGGAAUUGUCACAAAGAAUAUCGAAAGUGUCUUCGAACGAGAACCAAAUCUUAUCCAAAUUAUUAAACUGGGAUCGAUCAGAAGAUGUCUCGGCGGAAUCUAUUUCAGUUUUCGAAGGUAAUUCUUGGGAUGAUUUCCACUCAAAAUUGAAAACUGGGCAAGCUAAGGUUGAAAAUAACGAUAAUAUAAAAAAAUUAAAGAUAAAUUUACGAUUAGGCACUAUUAGAAUAUGCUUUGAAAAUGGAAGGGAGUUCCUUUUGGAAUUAGGGAAAACCACUCAACAGGCAGUUUUAAAUGUGCUUGGACCGCCGGAAGAUUAUUUUAAUAAGUUUGAUUCAAGGUUGCUUAUACAUAAUCAUUUGUCUAAAUCAUUUAAUCUUUCAGACGCCACUUCGAACUCAUCUGUUUGGAAAUUUCAUAACUAUUUUGGAUAUGGCCUUGAUUUCUUAUAUGAUUUAAAUGACGCUUCUUCGGCACAUGAAACAGGAAUUCUAAAAAAAGUAAUCAUUCAUAAUGGUGGAAUCGCGGAGAGCUUGGAUUUCAUGAAAUGGAAUAGAUGUAACUGGGAGCUCAUUGAUGACACAUCUGACGAUUUUGGGAAAAUAGACUCAACGAUGUAUUUUAGUGACAUUCAAGACUUCUUCAGCAGAAAAAAUACCUCCCCAAGUAGUGCCCGUCCUGUUCUCUUGAACAGGAAUGAAUCAGAAUUCAUUGAUAAUGACCUCGAUAUCAUCAAUCUAGACGAGGUUGAUAGCAAUAAUUCAUUAUCUGAGCAGAAAUCAGCCUCUUCGAGUUCAAUCAAUUCAAAUUCUAGAAUUAAGACAUGGGGUCAGUCAAAAUUAUACGGCUGCGACAGAUGUAUUUGGGAAGUCAUUGACUCUAAUGGGUGCAUUUCCAGCGUUACGAUAUAUUGA